AUGCCGAAGGUAAUUGCUGGGUGCGGUGAGUGGCGGCCUGUUCAGAUAACUGGCGAUUUGGUUGGCGAUGAAAAUCUCGUGUUUCUGUCGACCGUUGAGGAGUGCUUGCCUAUUGAAGUGGACGGAAGCGGAGGAGCUUCUCGGCCAAAAGGAAAAAGAACGAGAAAGCGAAAGGCGGAGAAGAAAGAUGGGCUACUAGCGGACCCGCGAGAAUUGCCGAGAAAAAAGAAAAGACCGAAAAAAGAGAGGAAGGACGAGGUACAUGCUUCCCCCGAACAUCCUGAAGAAUGUCAAAACUCUAAAGAAAUUUGGGAAACUGCGCAAGACGGCUGCGUUUAUGCGCCUAAUGCCUUUCAUGCUUUGAAGUAUAACGGACCCUGGCGAGGCGAACUGGCCGAGGCAGGAGCAAAUGCUGCCAGGACGCAGUGGACCGCUCUGGAUAUUUCAGAUGAGGUACUGCAAGCAGUUGCUGACAUGGGAUUCACCGAACCAACGGAAAUUCAACGACUUGUCAUUCCGAGCGCUGUCAGGGAUCGACUUGAUAUCAUUGGAUGCGCAGAAACGGUUAAUUUUGAUUCACCGAACCAACAGAAAUUCAACGACUUGUCAUUCCGAGCGCUCUCAGAGAUCGACUUGAUAUCAUUGGAUGCGCGGAAACGAUUCACCGAACCAACAGAAAUUCAACGACUUGUCAUUCCGAGCGCUGUCAGGGAUCGGCUUGAUAUCAUUGGAUGCGCAGAAACGGGAAGUGGGAAAACACUGGCAUUUGCUGUACCCAUAAUCGAGUACCUCUUGGCUGCCAAACGAUCGUCCAUGGACGGCAACGAGCAGCAGCGGACUAUUCGAGCGCUCAUUCUUGCUCCAACACGCGAACUUGUAGUGCAGAUCAAAAAGCACAUCCAUGCCUUGCUGAAAUAUACCCCGUUCAAGGUUGCUUCAAUAGUUGGUGGUCUCUCACUGCAAAAACAGGAGCGCAUCUUGAAAUAUGUUCCUGAAAUUGUUGUUGCAACUCCUGGACGAUUAUUGGCUUUGAUGUCGUCGGCCGAAUCUAUCAAAUGUCUCUCCAGCUGUUUUGGUUAUUUGAAGGUUGCUUCAAUAGUUGGUGGUCUCUCACUGCAAAAACAGGAGCGCAUCUUGAAAUAUGUUCCUGAAAUUGUUGUUGCAACUCCUGGACGAUUAUUGGCUUUGAUGUCGUCGGCCGAAUCUAUCAAAUGUCUCUCCAGCUGGUCUGAGCUACAAUGUUUGGUGGUGGAUGAGACGGAUCGGAUGAUUGAAAAAGGCCAUUUCGAGGAUUUGCAGCAAAUUUUAGCAGCAAUUAGAAAGACAACAUCCCAAAAAUUGCAGACUUUUGUCUUUUCGGCCACCCUCACGUAUAUUCAUCCAGCUACCAAAAAGAAGCACAGAGAACGGUCUACGAAUAUGACCGUAGAAGAGAAAAUCAGGAGAUUGAUUGAAGUCACGGGUAUACGAAGAGGCAAGAACAAAGUGAUCGAUAUUAGCGGUGAAAGAGGUACGGCUGAGACAAUCGUUGAAUCGCGAAUAAAUUGCAAAAAUCUCCUUGAGAAAGAUACGGCUCUCGUGUACUUGCUGAAGCGAUACUCAGGACGAACUUUAGUGUUCACAAAUUCCGUCGAUGCCUCAAGACGAUUGCAUGGAAUUCUGACUCAGGUUCCCUUCUUAAUCAGCACUCAAAGCAUUACCUGA